AUGCCGUUUGGGUUGCGUAAUGCACCCGCUGCCUUCCAGCACCUUAUGGCCAAAGUACUGGCGGGCGUGAAUAACUGCGAUGCCUACUUGGAUGAUGUCGUCAUUUACUCAUCCACCUGCCGUGGCUGGGGCUGGUGCCUCGAUGAUGCCCCGGUGAAGGAUAGGUUGUCUCUAUCUACGGUGCUUCCCGGCGUUCUGUACAGUGCUGUCCAUCAGUGUCGGCUCCAGUAUGGAUCAGGAUCCCUGCUCUGUGAUGACAUGGAUAAUGUAUGCAGCACUCUGUGGUGCACUGUGGGAACAACCUGCCACUCAAAGCUGGAUGGGGCUGUGGAUGGAACAAGUUGUGGGGAGGACAAAUGGUGCUUUGGUGGGCAGUGCGUUGCAGUUGGAUAUUACCCUGAGAUUAUAAAUGGCGGCUGGGCGUCCUGGAGCCCGUGGUCAGCCUGUUCGAGGACCUGUGGUGUUGGUGUCCAGAGCGCUGAAAGAGAGUGUGAUAACCCAGUUCCUAGGUACAGAGGGAAGUAUUGUCUGGGAGAGCGACAGAGAUACAAGAUCUGUAACACCACACCUUGUCUUCAUCACCUGCCCACGUUCAGGGACAUCCAGUGUAGUCACUUCAACAGUCAGCCAUACAAGGGCAAGUUCUACAAGUGGGAGGCAGUCAUCAACACGGUGAACCCCUGUGAGCUGCACUGCCGUCCACUGAAUGAAAACUUUUCUGAGAAGAUGCGCGAUGCUGUCAUUGAUGGGACGCCUUGUUAUGAAGGCAACAAAAAGCGAGAUAUAUGCAUCAACAGCAUUUGUAAGAAUAUAGGCUGUGAUUACGUGAUAGAUUCCACUGCUGUAGAGGAUCGCUGUGGAGUGUGCAAUGGUAACGGCUCCACCUGUACAACUGUGAGGAAAACAUUUGAAGAGAGUGAAGGGCUGGGCUAUGUAGACAUUGGACUGAUCCCAGAGGGAGCCUGGGACAUUCACAUUGAGGAGUUGGGAGCAGCUGGAAAUUUCUUGGCACUCCGAAGUGACAAUCCCAGCAAGUAUUUCCUGAAUGGUGGCUGGACGAUCCAGUGGAAUGGAGAAUACAAGGCUGCUGGAACAGUAUUCACCUAUGAGAGGACCGGACAGCUUGAAAACCUGACAUCUCCAGGGCCCACUACAGAGCUUCUGUGGAUUCAGCUUCUCUUUCAGGAGGCCAAUCCAGGAGUGAGGUACGAGUACACCAUCAGUCAAAAUGUCUCCGAAAAGAACAACACCCCGCUGUCAGUUUUCUACUGGAAAUACGGUUCGUGGACUGAAUGCAGCGUUACUUGCGGAACAGGUGUUCAGAGGCAGAUUAUCCACUGUGUGGAAAAGACAACUGGGAUAGUUGAGGAGCACUUCUGUGACCACUUAACCCGACUUGACCACAACCAAACCAGCUGUAAUAAGGAUCCUUGUCCAGCCAUAUGGUGGGUUGGGGAGUGGCAGAAAUGCUCAGCGAGCUGUGGGAGCUCAGGCCAAACUAAGAGGACAGUUCUUUGCAUUCAAGCAUUAAGUGCGGAGGAGCAGAAAGCCCUGGAGCCCAGUAACUGUGAACACAUCCCCAAACCUGAGUCACUAUCCUCCUGCAACACACACAUCCCCUGCCCAGCAGACUGGAUCACUGGCAGCUGGUCAAAGUGUUCACUGUCUUGUGGAAGUGGAGUACGUCACCGUAAUGUUACCUGCUCUAGAAACACAGGGGUUGAUUGUGACCCCCAAAAGAAACCUUUAGCUGUUAGUACCUGCUACAUCCAGGAAUGUCCACAGAUUGUCGAUAAUUUUGGAGGUUUCGACUGGUCUGGAAGUGGCUGGUCCAGCAAAGAAGUGCUUAAUGAAAUAAACCCCAUACCCGAAGUCAAACCUCCUGCCAAGUACAGCACCACCAGAGAGCAGCCAAGAGUUCAUAAUGACCUUAAUGACAUCGUUGAGGGAGAUUUCCACUACCACAACAACAUUGAAAAUACUGAUCACUCUCAGGACAACUAUGUCCCGGUGGAUGAUUUUUACUAUGACUAUAACUUUAUCAACUUCCAUGAAGACUUGUCAGAUGACUUUGAGAGCAAUGGAAACAUUUCAGUCAGUCACGGUUUGAGUGUUUCGCAGGAGGUCGAGCCAACCCACAGUGUAAAAGAAGAUGCUCACAGAGAAAUUGCAGCCACUCCCACAGCUACUUCAGCCGUUCCAAAGCCCACUGCCUACACUUUGGAAACAGAAAAUCCUCAGAACACAAAAGUGAACGUAACAAAGGACAGUAAAAAUGCAGCGGCAAAAGAGGUUUUGCAAACAAAUUCUGAAAACUUGGAUGACUAUCUUUCUGAGGAUUUUCUUCUGCCUGUGUCGACCACUCACUCUCCACUACUGUCUACAACUCAGCAAUCAAAACCAGCGGCAGAGAAGCAUGGCAUUCUGUGGCUGCCUGAAAACAUUAGUGCAGUGCCUAGUCUGGGUUCCACUACAAAGCAGCCUUUACAGGAUGUGAAAUGGGGGCAAUAUGCAGAGGAGGCUGAAAAUAACUAUGACAGCUUCAGUGAGGAGGAAAAUCACACUGAGGAUGUCACUAUGACUCCAAAGCAGACUGUUUCUACUCCGAGACAACAAACAGCUAUCAAUACUCCUGACUCUACUGUUGAAGGGGCUCAGGAAACAAAGGAAUAUGAUAAUUAUGACUAUAUCUCUGCAGACCAAGAUAAUGUCGAGAGUCCAGAACCUUCAGGUCCCCCCACAUCAGAAACUACAAUUCAGAUUAAGACUGAAUUUCCUCUGGAUGAAAAUACUGCAGAAAUACCUCAAGCCAGUGGGUCAACAUUAUUUUCAAAUGCCUUCACAAUGGAUGAUGUCAACACGGAUCAGACUAAUUUUGAUACAUUAUAUGCCACUACCGAGAAUUAUUCACGGGAUACCGACAGAGACCUCAGCACAACCUCACUUCCUGCCUCUGAGAAAUCCAUUCCUCCCCCUGUUUCCUCUUUGCUCAUCUCAGGUAACCAAGAGGCCUCCACAUCAUUAACUGGAACAGCAAUCAUACCUCCUACUCAGUUUUCUCCAGCUGAUUUCCCAACGCAUAUGAUGAAACCGAUUCCGUCAAAGCCAGAGUUCACUAAAACAACUGGAACGUAUCCCACAUCUCAAGCUCCGUUGUUUGAUGUAGUGAAUUAUGACUACAACGAAAUAGCCUUUCCACCCGUGGUGAGGAGCGGCAUUAACAGUGAUCCUGGCUCUUCAUACCAGGUUUCAAUAAACUCAGGAGCCACUCCUCAACACAGCACAACAUCAGCACAAGACUUGGAGUCGCCCACACCUGCUGUGGCCUUUUUGCCAACCGUUCCAGCUGUCCUAACAUCUGUCCAAACUUACGUCCACACACAAAACACUGCAGCUGCCUACUGGAUUGCUGGCAACUGGAGUGCUUGCUCCACCACCUGUGGACUCGGUGCUAUCUGGAGAACUUUGACUUGCAGUACUGGAUCACAGUCGGACUGUGAUCCCGCAAAGAGGCCCGCACCUGCCCAGAGGUGUUACCUGCGCCCAUGCUCUACAUGGAAAAUUGGGGAAUGGAGUAAGUGCUCCAAGAAUUGUGAAGGCGGCAUUAAACUGCGGGAGGUUCAGUGCUUUGACCUGAGGGACCAAAGACCCCUUCGACCUUUCCACUGCCGAGCCAUGUCCUCCAGGCCCCAAACAACGAUGCCCUGUAACCUUCAGCCAUGUCUUGAAUGGUACACCUCCUCCUGGGGUCAGUGCUCUGAGGUGUGCGGAGGAGGUCAGCAGCAGCGUAUCGUCACCUGUCCAGAGGAGGAUCAAUGCGACAGAGACCACGAGCCCAGCACCAUCCAGUCAUGUAAUAGCCAUCCUUGUGCUCAGUGGCUUACCGGAUCAUGGGGACAGUGUUCAACUUCUUGCGGAGUUGGAGUGCAGCAUCGACUUAUUAAAUGUGUUGACACCAGGGCUGAGACAGAUGGAGAAGUUGAUCAAGCUCAAUGUCACCACGAGCCACCGCCUGAGAGCACCCGAAAGUGUAACACGCAAGAGUGUGAGAGCGUACAGCCUGGAACAGUCUGUCUCCACGAUCGGCUGACAUUUCGUUUCUGUCAGACACUUCGAUGGCUCGGCCGUUGCCACCUCCCCAACGUACAAGCACAGUGCUGUAAAUCCUGCAGCCAGCACCCCCACUUCAGCAGGCCUCGCAGCUAAGGUGCAGCUCACAAGCACACUGAUUGUACCACUGAGUGAUGUAAUCUAAUCAUCAUUAAAAGUCAACAAUCUGAGCCCUUUUUCUGAACUACGGACUGGUUAUGAAUCUUACACACACCUGGACUCUGCAUGUUUGUGCUGAUGAAAUUGAACAAGCAAAGUAGCGAGAUUGUAAAUAUUUGUUUGCUGCACAUUUCUUUGUUACAUUAGACAUGGGAGUAUCCAAUCAAUGUAGCCAGCAGUAUGAUGCAUUUUUAGAUAUCCAGUUGUUCAGUGAUGACGCGACGAAUCCUACUUCCGGGUCUAAAGUAGUCUGCGUUUAAUAUGGC